GCCAGUUGUGAUCAAUUGUUUGUGAGAUUUGCCUUUGACAUGUCGACUGAACUAUCUGAAACGGAAAAACGCCUCAUCAAGGUCAUAGCCGAUCAAAAUGGUUUCACAGAUUAUCAGGUGGAAGCCCAACCUGGUGCACAGAAAGGUGACAACUAUUUCGGAAUUAUAACAUCUGUUUCACUCAAAGACAAAAACAAAAGUCUAGAGCUGAUAUGCAAGUCUGCCCAUUCUGGUGAAGUAUUUCGGGAAAAGAUGCCUAUUCACGAACAAUACGUCAGAGAAAUUCACCUUUACGAAUCAGUACUGAGCGAAUUCAAAAAAUUCCAAGAAGAAUAUGCCGUUCCUAACCCAUUCGUUGGAUUUCCUAAGUUUUAUGGAAAAUAUAUCGAUGAAAAAAAUGAAUGUCUUUUUCUGGAGAACCUGAAGAAAAGUGGUUACACCCAUUGGGACCGUAAGUUGCCUAUGAACUCGGAACAUAUAAAAGCAGUUCUAGCUGAGUAUGCAAAAUUUCACGCUACCUCUCUGGCGAUGAGGCAAUUGAAACCAGAAAUGUUCAAAAAUCUCACUGAAAACAUUAAAACUCAUGUAUUCGAGAAACCUGACCAAAAUGAAAAUGAUGAAAUGGGAAAUAUGUUUAUGACAAACGCUAUCAAAAAUGCUUUAGAGAUUGUUGGAGAUAAUUCUUCGCUUAUAGAAGCCGUACGAAGGGCUGAGUCAGGAUUAAUUGAAGAUUUUGCUAGUGAAGACCCAGCUUAUGACAUAGUUGUUACACAUGGUGAUUGUUGGUGCAAUAACAUGUUGUUCAAAUAUGAGGAUGAAACCAACACAUCCAAACCAACAAAAGUGUGUUUUAUUGACUGGCAGCUAACGAAAGUAGGUUCUCCGGCAGUGGAUAUCCUUUAUUUCUUCUUUCUUCACAGUUCCAAAGAUAUCUUGUGUGAUUAUGAAACAUAUCUGAAGUUUUACUACGAAGUCUUAUGCAGAUACCUCAGGAAUUUCUCGUGUGAUCCUGAAGAUCUAUUUCCAUUCAGCACUCUACAUAAACAUUGGAAGAAAUUCGUUAAUUUGGAGCUAUUGCUGUCCAUCAUGAUGCUGAAAACAAUGCUUUGCGACAGUGAAGAGGCUCGAGAUUUGGAAAAAAUGACUGAAGAUUCAGAUAAUAUCUUUGAUACUCAUAAUUUCACUAUCAAAAACGAGUCUGAAUACCACAGACGUGUCAGAGAUAUUAUCGAAUCCCUAAUAGAAACUGGUCUACUGUGAACACCAAUAAACAUUUCAGCA